AUGCCCAUCAGUCACGUGUCGCUCGCCACCGGCGCUUCCAUGUGGAAAGCCAUGCGGUCGUUUUACCUUGAUGCUCUAACUCCUCUUAAUUAUGUUGUCUACUACGAGAAGGAAGACGAGAUGCUGGGCCUGAGGCCUCAAAAUGGGGAACCGGACUUCUGGCUCCACGUUGGCAAUGGUGAACAACCGGCCUACGAGAAGGGACAUGUGAAGAAUCGACCUGGUCGGGCUCACAUUGCAUUCGACGUCGAAAGCAGGGAAGUUGUCGAUAAGUUCUUCACGGCUGCUACCAAGGCUGGAGGAGCUCCCAAUGGUGAUCCAGGCUUGCGACCGUAUGCCGACGGGUACUACGCAGCCUUCGUGCUGGAUCCUCUCGGAAAUAACAUCGAGGCGAUUCACUUCAAGCCAAAGGAGCAGAAUUUGCAUAGUACGUCGGAUUAG